CAGAACGGUGCCAGCUGCAUGACGGAAACAGCCGCGGUGCAGCGCUGGAGUCGUCACCAAGGCCGGUUAGAGCCGCUCCUGCCAGCGGGUGGGGGUCGUGGGCGGUAGGAGCACCUUUGUCGGCCGGCACACACCCAUACCUCUUGAAAGUCUCGUACAACCUCGUCAAGGCGCACGGCUUCUGUGCCGAGUGCGAGGCUGCUGCUGCUGCUGAGCGGACGUGGGGAAACAAUUCACGAGCUGUGGGAGACGGAGGCACCAUGAAGUGGCUCCUGUUCACAGCGAUCAUCUCCCUCCUGGCUGUGACGUCCACUGUGAAGCUGCAGCUCUUCCUGCCGGAGAGUGUGGAUGUGACAAAGGGAGAGAACGUGACUCUUCCCUGCUCAUUCUCUUCCCUGUCGACCGACUCGAGUGGCUUCUACAUCACGUGGUUCACGAUGCCCACAGGCUACGUAAUCUAUGACUCACUUCACGGGAAUCUCUGGCCUGGAAUAGCUGAGUUUGUGGGAGACGAGGUAAAGGGCGACUGCUCCCUCAGGCUCCUCAACGUCUCCAGCACCCUCAGCCCCGUGUUUAAGUGCUAUGUCAGUUGUACCAGCUGUGGGACGGAUGACUUGUGGGAGGAACGAGAGGUGAAGCUGAACGUGACGGCUGCAGCCCCACGGUCACACGGUGGGGGCGUGAGUGACGCCACCCUCGCCCCUCUAGAGGAGACCUCGCACAAGCGAGUCUUGGUGGCUGCCUACGUCCUGGCUGCCGUCAUCUCCGCCAUCUCCGUCAUCAUCAUCGUUGUCUCCGUCUUCAUCUGGCAGAAACACCGUUGGUCUUCAGGGCUCUGCCUCCACUCACGCAGUGACGGCGACUAUAAAGACGUGCGUGGGGACAUGAACGGGCAGCCGCUGAUGAACGGACACGAAGAGAAAAAACAACAAGUAUUGGAGACCGUGGACGCUUGAUAAUGUUCAGGACGGCUCGAUGCCGAAUCUGAUUGGUUGGCACGUGGAGCGGGUCGCACACAAAAACGGCCCGUCUGCUCCGUGUUCCACGUUUUAUUUGAAACCUUAGACCAUCAUGCCUUUGCCAUCUCUUGCCUUGACAACCGUAACUCUCAACCGGGUAUCUCUCGUGUGUCUCCAACUCCAUCACCUCUAUCUCCUGGAUUUCUCAGAGUGUCCGUGAACGAAACCACAUGACUCCAAUCCUGAAAUUGCUUCACCAGGUUCCGAGUCUAUCUGGGGUGCACUUGAUAGUGGGCGGCACCACCGUGGCGAGAUGUUAACUACCUCGCCUGGUAUACAGGAGGUCGUGGGUUCGAUCCCGACCCUGACACCUGCCUGUAUAUUUGGAGUUUGCACGUUCUCUCUCUCCUCACGGUGUCGUGGAUUUUCUUUCAGAUACACAGGUUUUUUCCUCCACUUUUAGAAUCAAGGUGCGUUAAGAGUAUUUGGCUGCAUUACAUUUCCUCAUGGUGAUAAGCCACUUCGUUAAGCUAUCAUUUGUGAUAUCCAGGUCGCUUCUUCAAAAGAGCUACAUUGCUCAGCGGGGCCUUACCUGGUAAAAUAAAUCCAGCAGUGGAACUGCGGAACUAAUCUACUGCUGGAUUAUAUUUUCCGCCUGAGGACGACCACUUGUGUUGCGAUCAAAACGUCGUGAGAUAUUAUUUUCAUUGUUUUAUUUUUCUACCUACGUGACUUUACCGAAAUAACCAAAGAGUAUGGAUUCCUGCAGUCACGAAAGCUUCAAAUCAAGAUCUCUCUCUCACCUGGCUAAACAAAUCGAUUCUUAAUUUAUUAAAAUCGUAAUUAUCAAUCGUGAUAAUGGAAGAAUCGCGAGGGGGAUGGGUGGGGUCUGAUUGGCUGACACCUGUGCGUUCGCUCUCAUUGGCUGAGCGGCUUGUGGGCGGCAACGUUUCCUCGGCCAAAGCUGCUGCUGCGUUCUCAUUCCGUUAAGCGCUUUGUAGUUUUUUAGAUUUUUUUUUUUUCCUCAGUAAACAUUUUCUCUCCAGGCAUCCUACCGGUGGGUCGCGCUCAGUGAGGUCUGCCUGUGGUGUGGAUGUGUUGAGAGCAGGGCCGGGUUCUUGUUCUUGUUCGGCCCUCGGCACUUCAGUUUCGUCGGCACUUUGAGUGAUGACUCUCUACUGCUGCUGCUGCCCCAUGUGACGACCACCGCUGACACUCCACUCGCUUCACGCUUUGCUACGUUCGUCCAGCCGCUGGACAGAUGUCGUUACUGCUGGCAGGUUCACGAUUUAGUCUGUGCCCUCGUUCGAUGGGAUGGUGCGGCUGCGUGCCGCAGAUAAACGCAUUUAAUUUUAAAUUAUUGAAACAAAAAUCAAACAAGGUAUUCCUAAAAAUAUUAAAAGCCAACGUUGUUUUAACAAUUUUUUUUACUGUGAUUACAUCGGAUGACGCAGGUUCAAAAGGAUGCCGUUCAUUUUAAUCGAUAACAAAAAAAAAACAUGGGUCCAUUUUAUUUUCGUAGACCCGAGGCACAGUGCCUCCUGUGACCUAUUGGAUAACACGGCCCUGGUGGGUGGCUGGGUGGCUGGGUGAGUGGCUGGAUGAGUGGCUGGGUGGGCGAGUGGCUGGAUGGGUGGCUGGGUGAGUGGCUGGGUGGGUGAGUGGAUGGGUGGCUGGGUG